AUGUCUUUGAGUCUUUCUUCCGGCCCUUUCAAACUCGACACCAGUGGCAAUGGCGACGGGUUGCAGCAUUACGAUCAAGUUUGUGCCAUUUCUCAAGCUGCCAUCAACAGAGGCUUUGUAAAGCUUUUCGAAAAGCAGCCGCUUGCAGCACGAUCAAUUCACUGGAGCAAUGAAGAUGUUUUUGAUGGACAGUUGGUGGCUACAAUGCUGCCCCCUCAAAUAGAGCUUGAUGUAGAAUCUGGCGAUAACUCCAAGUUUAUGCUCCAACUUCGCUUUGAUCAGGGGAGAAUUUUUCUUGGCCAAAAUACCUAUCAGACUAUUGAUGGCUGGGUGAUUGCUUUCACGCCACUUUCUUUCGCAGAUUGUCUAAAUGCAACAAUCGGAGAUCUUACUGCGGCGGCGGAUGUGGAAGACACGGAAGAGAGUGUGGUCUUUAGAUCCGACAAGCCAACAAAGCUAUGUCCUGGAGAAUACUCAAUCCAUCGCUUAUUUGCUGCUAUUGCUGAUCUCCCAUGGGGCAGCAUCAUAUGGGAGCGCUCAUACAUGAUGCAACCGAGUAGGCAGAAAGUCUCUCUCGAGCAGUGGGCUAAAGACCCCGCAAAUAACGCUCUUUACAACGAGGUCCAGCAAUGCUUGAGAGAAUGGACCCUGGAGAACAAACUUGCCUCUUGUUUUACACAAGGAAUGUUGUUGAAGGUGCCGAAAGCAAAAGUUAGUAGUGGGAAGGUGACCUUCGCUGCCAGGACGCUGCGAAUGCAGAACUACCCUUACAUAGAUGAAGAGAGACAGAUACAAUUGUCAAGCAGUAGGCAAGUUAUGAAGGGUGUAAAUGGAAGCCCUUAUAAUUGUCUCUGCUUUUGUGAAGUGGUGGGAAGCAGAGUCGACCUUCCCAUAACCAAAUUCCUACCAUUUACUGGAAACUUAGCAGGGCCUAGUAAAGGUACAAGUAGUGAGUAUCUGGGAACUUUUAUACUCGACCGCCGCCUUGUUUUCGGAGCAUUCCAGUUGUUAUCGCCACUACAAGAUCUUUGUCUUGCAAUGCAGACAAUACCAUUCGGACCUGAAGCAAGAAUUGGUGGAAAUUAUCUAACUUCUGGCCGACGACUUCGUGUGGUUGGUAACUCGGCAGAUUUGACGGCUGGUAAACCGUAUCGUUGGGAAGAAGUAAAAGAUAAUACGGGGGCGAGUACCCGUAUGUUAGCGGGUAUUGCAGGAAGAAAGACUAGAACAACAUCUACGGCGAAGAUAACAAUAGAAGCCGGGCCACAAAUGACCGCUUUGAGGGUAAGUGGCGAAUAUGGCUAUACCUGUCGGAGCGAAUACUCGAGCCUUAUUAUUAGCGAUAUCGCUUCCUGGACGUUCACUAUUGGUGUCAGCGGCUCUCAGGAUAUGGUGGGUAAUCUCGCAGUCUUAAACAACCCUAAAGCUAUUUUGGAGGGAUGCAAGAUAGAGAAAGACCCAUACACUGGACUUGAUAUAAUCAUACCCAAUGACUUCUCUACGAAUCUCACUGGAACCACAUCAGAUCCAAAAUGGGUUCUGAUACGGUCAGCAAUGAAGGUCAACAUUGGCAGAGCUUUAUCCAAACUGGCUAGCGAUUUGAAUAUUUUUCAGGGAAUCAAUAAGCUCACGUAUGGAGGGAACGGCGAAUUCACAUUCGGACCAACCAUGCUCAACGAAGAUCUGAGUGCAUUUGCAACUAUCAACUUCUCCUCUAAUGAUGGAAUAGCUUUUAAGUCUAUUGACCUCGUCUGCCUCAAAAUGAAAGUAUUAGACGGCAAAAGCUUGUUUAACACGGGACUGGAACAUUGGAACGUGAAGGACUCCAGCGGUCAGUCUGUCAAGCCUUGGUCAAUUGCGACUGAAAAGAUGGCCCAAACUCUCGACUUGAAGGCAAGCAUUGUCGAUGCUGGGCUCCAAUUAAACAUUUUUCCUACUGUCCUCGAUACUGCACACGAUGGCACGGGCUUGCCAUCCAAGUUUAUAGUGCCUUCAAAUGGCUCUUUCACUUGA